CACUUUAAGCUCCUCAGGAUUCAGCAGAACCGAUUCACUUCAACAUGACGGAGGCGGCGAUCGUGAAGAAGAUCUGCGCUCAUACCGGAUCUAUGAGUUACGAUGCUUUAACGUCAAUAUUCGGUCUGCACGAUGAAGCCGUGGCCUCGCUCGUCGGUAGCAGCGGGUCGGUCGCGGUGGCGUUCGUGAACGGACAGAAGACAGUGAUCGCCAGAACCAAGGUCCGUCUGUGUCGAGUCCAGAGCUGCCCGGGCUGCGCGAACCUGCAUCUGUGCAAGUGGCUCCUGCUCGGGUGCUGCCGCUUCCACAGAGGGAGGAACAGUUCACCUGAAAAUGGAAAUGUGUUCACUCUCAGUCCACCUAAGAUUAGGAUGAAGAAAACGGAGAUCUGCAUGUAUUUCAUCAAAGGAUUCUGCAAGCACGGUGUCUCAUGUAGGAGGGAGCAUUCCAAUCUGCCCUAUAAAUGGGAAGUUAAAGAAGGAUCGGAAUGGAAGGCUCUUCCUGACAACGAGGCCAUCGAGAAAGAUUAUUGCAAUGCUGCAAGAACAUACAGCUCUGGAAUGAACCCGGUUUAUUUCGAUACGAUGACCCAAGGCUCUCACAGCGUGCGGCGUCUGUCGACGGUACCGUCGGUGCUCCAGCCCACCUUCAUCCUGACCACCGAGUGGGUCUGGUACUGGGAGGACGAGGAUGGGAACUGGAUCCAGUAUGCUACAGCGGAGGGGGGUCAUAGAUUGUCUUCCAUCUCCAGCGCUGAACUCGAGCAGAAGUAUCAGGCCGAUAACAACACUGUGGUGGAGUUCACAGCCGAAUCGCAGACGUACGAGCUCAGCUUCACGGAUAUGAUCCAGACAAACAAACGCUACACAACCAAAAAAGUCGUCAGACGUCGUCCCAAAUUUGUGUCAGCGGCUGAUGUUCGAACAAUCAAGACAGCGAGAAGGACGCCCAAUAAUUUCAAGGCUCUGCCGGAGCACUGGGAUAAAGCUCUGACUCCUGAGACCGGAUACAAGAGUGUGUGGCUGCAGAGCACGUCAGCCGAAUACAUCAAAAUCAAAGAACUGUUCAGUCGCACCAUGGUCGGCUUCCGAAUCCUAAAGAUCGAGAGGAUCCAGAACAAAGCAUUAUGGGAAGUUUAUCAGUGGCAGAAGGACUUCAUGAAAAAGAACAACGGAGGCAGAGACGUGACCGAGAAGCAGCUCUUCCACGGCACCGACAGCACGCAUUUAGAUGCCAUCUGCCGCAACAACUUCGACUGGAGGAUCUGUGGGACUCACGGCACGGCCUACGGAAAAGGUAGUUAUUUUGCCAGGGAUGCCAAAUACUCGCACAGCUACACCAAAGGCUCAGGCACUCGCUCCAUGUUCGUGUGUCGCAUUCUGGUUGGCAGCUACACCAAAGGUGAAUCCAGCUACCUCCGGCCUCCAUCCAAAGACGGAGGAGACACCGUCUUCUACGACAGCUGUGUGAACGAUGUCUUCGAUCCGUCCGUAUUUGUAGUGUUCGAAAAGCACCAGAUCUACCCCGAGUAUCUGAUUGAGUACAGCGACUCCUCAGGUGCUUCUCCCUCACAAUCCUCUUCCUCAACUACUCCGAAGUCUACUUCAACGUCAGAGUGCAUCAUUUCCUGAUCAGGCACCGUGCGAGCGCAUUGUGUGCUUUAGAGGAAGUUAAUACUGAUAAUUAAAAGU